UUGUCUAAGAGGAAUUUGGCUCUGUCUUGCACCCCAGCAGAAACACGAGCGUCGAGAGUGCGCGGAGCAUCGCGUGGAUAAUGCGCGCACCUUGGAGACUUCCAGCGCGUCCAUGAAGCAGAGGAUGGAGACAUGGCAAGCGCAAUUCUCCAUAUCUUGAACUAAAUGAACUAAAACACUGAUGUUUAAUUUUCAAGAGCUGUAAAGACUGCCGGAUCCUGCAUUUGACAAAGCGUGUUCUUCUAUAGGUGAAGAAAAUGGAUCCAUCCCCUACAAGGCAGUAUGGUUCAAAAAAGAGGGUUAAAAUUCAUCCAAACACAGUAACGGUGAAAUACGCCACACAUUUUCCCCAGCCGGGCGAUGAGGGAUAUGACGACGCUCCGUCUUUUGAGGACUUCAGUGCGUUCAUGGACAAUAACCCCAGUAAGAGACUGGUGUCAGAGAGCGGCCACAGCAGGACUUUAUUCGGCACUAUGGAUUCCCUUCCCAGGCCCGAGCAGAAAGACAAAGGAGUUGGCGGACAGCUCGCCAGCUUUGGGGAGGCCUCGGUUCUGGCCUCGCGAGUCACCUGGGGUGCUCUUUUUGGGGCGGCCAUCGCGCACGGCUGCGUGGCCCUCAUCACGCGCCUAGCGGCCGAUCGCUCUAAAGUGCCAUCAUUAGAGCUCAUCUUUAUCCGCUCUGUGAUUCAAAUGUUGUCCGUAUUGGUGGUCCUUUACUACAAGGAAGCUCCCUUUGGGCCCAAGGGCUAUCGGUUACGAUUGUUCUUCUAUGGGGUUUGCAACGUCAUCUCGAUAACGUGCGCGUAUACGUCCUUCGCAAUCGUUCCUCCCAGCAACGGCACCAUCAUGUGGCGGGCGACCACCACGGUUUUCAGCGCCAUUCUGGCCUUUCUGCUUCUAGACGAACGUCUCGGUUACACGGAUGUAGUGACUGUUGUAGGUAGUCUUUUUGGCCUGUGCCUGGUCAUGAUCCCCAACAUCGCCAACGAAGAGAAGUCCCCUCUGGGUUUCUGGAAAGAAGCCUUCGGGUACACCAUGACUGUGAUGGCGGGGCUCACCGCGGCUCUGUCCAUGAUAGUAUACAGGGCCAUCAAGGAGCGAGUCAGCAUGUGGACUGCGCUCUUCACAUUUGGCUGGACGGGCACCGUGUGGGGGGCGUCGACCAUGUUUAUCAUGCAAGAACCCAUCAUCCCAUUGGAUGGCGAGACCUGGGGCUAUCUCAUCGGAAUAUGCAUCUGCUCCACCGUGGCGUUUUUGGGCGUCUACUAUGCCCUUAACAAGUUUCACCCUGCGCUUGUUAGCACCGUGCAGCAUCUGGAAAUUGUGGUAGCCAUGCUUCUUCAGCUCAUCGUGUUGCGAAUGAUCCCAUCCAUGUAUGACGUCUUCGGGGCUCUGAUCAUCAUGCUCAGUGUGUUCGUUCUGACGGGUCUCAAGCUGUACCGGGUAGGCAGGGCCAUUCGACAGGAUUACCAGGAGAUCUUGGACUCGCCGAUCAAAUGAGCAUGUCGACGUGCGUGUAUUCGUGUGCAUGAGGGGGUUUGUAUAUGUGUGUGCGUGUGUGUGUGUGUGCAGUGUUUACCAGCCCCCUUCUCUUACAAAUGUGCAAUCAAUGAAUGUCUGGAUCUUUGACAUUUAUUUUCACUCGUGUCUUUGGAGGAGUGCCAUUGGUGUAAUGUCUUUGCUAACUGUUGAUGUGUGAAAAUAAAAAACAGUGAUCUAUAGUG